AUGGAAAGAAAUGAUGAUGAAAAUACAUUGCCAAAGGCCACUGUCGACAAGAUGGUAUCGUCUAUGCUCCCAAAGAACUCCGUUGUUCCAAAGGAAUCCAAAGAAAUUUUCCAGAAUGCAUGCAUUUAUUUCCUAAACAUGUUAACGCUGGAGGCAAACAAAGCCUGUGAGGAGGAGAAGAAAAAGACAAUAAGCUAUGAGCAUGUCUACAAGGCAUUGAAGAACCUUGGAUUUGAAAACUAUAUCGAUGAUUGUGUGAAGGAGCACGGAAACUAUGAGAAUUACAUCAAGCAGAAGCCAUCAAAAAUUGACAAAUUCAAGGAUUCAGGUCUGUCCAUGGAGGAACUUCACAACCAGCAAAUCAAGCUUUUUCAAAAUGCAAAGCUUCAGUUUGAAAGGUCCUUCGAAGAUGACUACUAUUGCGAUAAUGAAGGGUGA